AUGGAUGGUUUUGGAGAUCGCAGUUCUUUCGAAUUCGAAUUGACAAAUGUUCACCAACUUCAGGGUCGAGUCUGUAGCCCACGAUUUGAAACCAUGCCAAAUAUUUUUUGGCAAUUGGGAUUUUUACUUGAAUCACCAAAUGAUCCGGAAUAUUGUGCUGUGUAUCUCCAUGCAAUUUGUAAUACGGAUGAAGUGGAAGAAUAUGAUCAAUCUAGAAAUGAUUGUUUGCCUGCUAGAAUGUAUUUAAAGGGACCCGGCGGAGCAAUUAUCAAAGAAAUGACUACAUCUUCAAGGUUCAAGUUUAAGACAGUCAAGGUCAGGAGAUUGCGUAUAGCACAAUUUUGCAGACGUUCCAGGCUUACUAAUAGCCUUAUUAUUGGAGUUAGAUUGAAGAAUACACAGCUUGGAAAUAAUUUCUUUAGAAACUUGUCUUUUCAUAAACCUGUUCCGAUCAAGCAGAUUCCCAAAAAUUUGAUAUCUGCGUGGAAGAACGAGUUUCAAAAACCUGAAUCGGGUGAUGUUAAAAUUACCAUUCAAGGGCAGACUAUUUUUGCGAGCAGCUCAAUUCUUGCUAGACGUUCGGAAUAUUUUCAAAGAAUGUUUAAUGGGUCAUGGUCAGAGUCCAUAGCUUGUCGACAAUAUCGGUAUUCAAUUGAUAUUCCAGAUUUUGAUUAUCAAACCACCCUUCAAAUGCUCAUAUAUCUCUAUACUGAUCAAGUGGAUAUUAAUAAUUGUCCAAAUGUUUGGAAUCUUUAUACCAUCGCCAACAAAUAUCUUAUUUCAGGCUUGGAAAUGGAGGCAAAAUUAAAAAUUCUUGAGGGAAUGAAUGUUGAUACUGCGGUAGAAGGGUUGUUUAGUAAUGCGUGGAAAUGGCCUGAUCUGAAGAAGAGGUUCUUGAGAUUCGUUGUCGAUAAUUUUUUACAAAUUAGGAAUAGUCAAGUAUAUAGGGAUAUUGUAGCAGACCGCUCGAAAUAUCCAAUGUUUCUUGAGUUAAAUAGCGAAAUUUUAUUGGCAUUUGUUCCUGAAUCGGUGGAAUCAUGA